GGCGACGGGGUGGUGUGAAGACGCAGCAUACGCGCAUCUUUGCAAUUUAGUCAACAAUCUUACAUACUUUUAGUUACCUACUCGCAGUUUUACAUAGGUGUACUCGUAAUUAUUCAUUCGCGUACGUGUACAGUAAUAGAGAAAUUGAUUGGUGUUCGAUCAAUAGUGUGAACUUGAACUCGGGUAUUUUUGAAAAUUGAAAAUUACGCGAUUCGGUGUGUCAGUGUAACGUAAAUGGUGAAAACGAUGCAAUCGACGAUCGGACGUCAACAACCUGGAUAAUACACUUCUCUAGGUACACAGAUAAGCGAAUAUAACGAAAAUCGUUCAACGUCAAAGAUGCCUGGAGGCGCAGGUACACGGAAUUUGACCGUCGCCGGAGGAGGCUCGCAUAUAUAUCCUCUAAAAGGCGGCAGAAAUCGAACCGAACUGGCUCAAAUGUACGUAGACAUAGCCAUAAAUUGCGGACUAUCGGCUUCCAUUCUGCUGCUGGGCUUUCAUCUGCUCGUGUUCGCUCUAGUCGACGAUUUACGCAAUCUGAUGGGCAAAAAUUUAGCUUCGUUUUGCACUGCCCUGCUUCUGGAAUACACGAGCACAUUGAUCAGCGGCCAGCUCAAAGGUACGGCCUGCUACGUCAACGAAAUCGCCGCUUAUUAUUUCAUCAUGGCGUCGGCCUUCUGGAUGCUGACUAUGUCAUUCGACGUUCGGCAAACGGUACACUCGUCUACUAAUGAAAUGGCGCUGUCGGGAUCCAACAACACCGGCAAACAGGGCAAAAAAUUCGUAUUUUAUUCGUUAUGGAGCUGGUUAAUGCCAGCUCUGCUGACUGCGCUCGUUUUUUUCAUAUUGCCCAAACUUAUUUCUGACUUCGACUUGGAUUAUCAGGAUUUCAAUCGCGAGAAAUGCUCGUUUCUCGAAACUGACAUGAUGUACAUAUUCGUCACCUCGGUAUUCGGCAUCAUUCUCGCUGUUAAUACUUAUUUUUUCAUCAGUUCCGUCAUACGCAUAUAUACUACACAAUCGGCAGUCAGAAGGACUACCAAUAAUAUGAAAUUCAAAAAUUAUUUCCAAUUGUACAGCAGACUUGCGAUAAUCAUGGGAGUAACGUGGACCGCUGAAUUUAUAAUAUAUUACUACGAAUUUGAUAUUUUAUGCCUUACUUUUAAAAUUAUCAACACGUUCGAAGGAUUAUUCAUCGUUCUCGCCUUCACCUGCCGUAAAGAAGUGCUGCUCAACGUUAAAUCCUUACAUAUAGCCAAGAGUUUACGUGAUACAACCUUCCAUCGUUAUAUGAGUGUAAGAAAAUUUUAAAAAGACUCAAAACCAAGUACCUUUGGGUAUCUACGUACAUUAGUAGGGUGUGCUGAAUGAAAAACAAAUCCUAGAUUUGAGUAAAAAUUAAUGAGGAAAUUUACUUUAAACAGGAGAGACUACCCAGAAAAAUGAUGUGCCUUCUGCUGUACAAGAAGUUGAGCCGGAGGUUCCCAAAGUGGGGUUGUUUUUCCAAGAAUCGUGGUUUUUGCCAUUUUUCGGUAGUGUAUUCCGAAAAGUGUCAAAAACUAUGAUAUUUUCAUUAAUGACGCCACUUUGAGGACCCCUGGAUCAGCUCUCUGUACGGCUCAGCUUGAGGUGGCUCAGAAUUUUUCUGGGUAGUCUUCCUUUUGAAGCAAAGUUUCUCACAAUUUUUCGAUUUUUUUACUGUACACUAAUUUUAAUAUCGCACAUUCGGAGUAAUAAUGUCAUCGUAACUCAGAAAGCUAAUUUUUAGGAAACGACGAUUCAAGCUGCUUUUAUCGUUUCAUUUUUUGAUUUUAUUAUUUGAAAUGAUCAAUUAAAAAACAUUUUUGAAGACUUUGAAGUCGCUUCUUUUCAAAAAAUAUGUGCAUUUUUAUUGAGCUUUGGCUUUGUUGCUUUGGUAUUGAACGUCAUCAGAAAACAUUUUGAAGUAGUACAUAUGAUUUUUCAACUUGAGUAGAAUUUUCAUGGCAUCAAGGUUUUGAUCAUGAAUAAUCAGCUCUGAAGCCGUUUGAUAUGUUUAUGUACAUACGUACAUAGCAAGUCAUAGGGUAGUAAAUCACACGUUGCCGAGUACUUCCAGUACAGGAGGUACAUAAGAUAAGAACCACCCAACAGGGUGAAGGCAAGAUGCACUAUGUCACAUGCCCCUAACUUAAGUUAUUUUCCGUUCACAUAUUAAUGAACAUAUUAAUAAAUUCUCUAAGUCGUUGUAGAUCUCGAGCUUUCUUUUUCUCUGCGUCAGUUUUUGCUCUUCUAUAUUGAUCAAAUAAAACAGCAUGUGAUUGAGAUUUGAGCGGUUUGGUAUAUCGUUGUAAUUCUGACGUUGACAUCCUACCGAGAAUGAAUAAAUCAUUCUUUACUUCGAUGAUACAAAAUGGUACUCGGAUUGUUUCUGUACCUAAUAACAUUUUAAUUUCAGCCAGAAUAGACACAGGUCUGAUAAUCGAAUCGUCUGCUGAUUUCAACUCGACUUUGUGUUUCAAGUUUUUGAUUUUCACCCAGUCUGGAAAAUUUUCCCAUAGCCGAUCCGACAGUUGGCGGGAAAUUAAAUUUGGAAAUGCCCCAGAGAGUCCAAUUCUAAUCCAACUUUUUCAGUGCCAAUUAUUACAUCAAUAAUGCACGUGGGGUCUUCAAUCUCUUCUUCAAAUGAAGGAUACGCGCAACAGUCGAAUCUCCGCCGGUGGUGGUUGGCUAUUGACAAAUAUACAUAAUAGCGCAUCUUGCUUUCGAGUUCCACUACGACGAUUCUAUUUUAAUCCAUCAGCCAUAUCUUCAAUUUUUAUUUCCAUCUUAAACUUCUUUAAUUUCCUCAUUGUACUAAAUUGUUUUUUUCUUGAAAACAUUUUUUUUUGGAGGGAAUAAUAUGUUUAUUGUUGAGAUAGAGGCAAUUCAAUCAAUGCAUCGAAGUCCGUUGGAUCACUGUCUGUUGACAUCUUCCUUGUUUGUGUACUUUUUUCGAAAAAUUAGAUGGUACGUGAUCCUCCUCUCCAAGGACAUUUUUUGGAAUUUCUUUUGAUCUAAUGAAGCUAUAGAGAAAAACUGAAAAGCUUCAGUAUUUCAGUUCACUUUUUUUUGCCUUCAAAAGCUUGUGAAUAAAAUCUUUACAGCUUUCACUGCCACAUUUCUUCUUGGGAAUAUGCCAUUCAUUUGGCUUGCAUCUUCGACGUGGUGACAGGAAAAUUCAUCCUGUGAAAAUUAAUAUCGCGAAAUUCAUCUUGUGAAAAUUAAUAAUGCGGAAAAUUCAUAGUGGGGAAAAUUAAUAUCGCAAAAUUCAUAUUGUACAAAACUUAAGCAUUUAUUACAAAUAUCACAAAGACAGAGCAAAAAAAGGUGUACCACUUGCUUAAUUUUCUCAUGAAUUAUUUCCUUGGAUAAAGAUUAUUGGGUUGGGAGGCUGGAGGUACUGAAUUAAUACACAAAAUUCCAGUGAAACCUUGUCAGAAAUAACACGUUCAAUAUCGAUUUUCUUCACUUUUACCUCGUAAAAUUCAACUCUUUUUGCUUUGUAGAGCGGUGUAUGAGCCGAAUCCGGCCCAUUGUUGGUAUCAAUGCAAGUAUGUUGGGACUUUGUUAACCAUGUAUGCCAAAAAUCAGCCUGAUCCGGCCCCUAUAACACUUUACACAGCAAGAAGAGUUGAAUUUUCCGUGCUGAAAUUGAAGAAAGUCGCUGUUGAACGUGUUCUUUUUGACAGAUUUUGCUGAAAUUUUGUGUAUGAAUGCAGCACCUCUCCCUCAUCAUAUUCCCCUUCCCCGCCCACUUUUUUAAUUAAAGAAAAAAAAUAAUAAUGUAGAAAUUAAGGGAUUGGUACACUUUUUUCGCUCCCAUGAACAGUUGAGUAGUGAACAAAAUGGAUUUUUAGGUAUUUGAUGAAAUAUCCACUCUUCUCUCGAUACCGGAGUGUGUUCUCGUUCGCCUAAAAGAAAUGAAUCUGCCAAUGACGAAGUUGAGUUACUUCUAUCAAAGUAGUAUUUGCUUUUCAAUCUUGCAAAUUCAGCGAUUCGCCAGAUUUUCGAAGCUCGAUCAUUAAUUCUACGGAAACAAUGUUUCCGGGAUUUCUGAAUACCCCGCGCCCCGCCUGAAAAGAAAUCACCUAGUCUUGAAAUUAUAAAUACAGCUAGUUCAAGUGUAUUCGCCUCGCAGACGACGACGCAGAAUCUUUAUCGACUGCUUCGCAAUCAGUUCUAAUACACCUGUCUAAAUUCAAUGCUCAGUUCAGAGCUGGGCUUGAGUAUCCCAAACCCAAAGUUUGUUCAACUCCUAUCAAGGUUUCUGAAGAGCUGCGCUGGUAGCCGGCAGACCGCGUCUUCUUCUUCGCUUUCAUCCGAUAAAAUCAUCAUUCUUUUUUCGUAUUCAGCUGUUGCAAAUCAUAUACAUUAGGACGGCAGGUAUUUCUCGUCUAGGAGAAAAAAAAUAAAAAUUCACCUCCUGAUUAAGGAACAACUGAACAGGUUCGGGUUCGAAGGAACGUAGUCCAUGCUGAGUGAACUACGAGUAAGAAAAAUUUCUCCUCGCAAUAUUAAGCAAAAAAUGUACGAGGGAUUCAUUGUGCGAGCUGAGUUAGCAUUUUUUAAUCACAUUUUUUUAAUGGAGUUGGUGGACGAAGAUGGAUAAAAAUUGAUGGCCGUCGUUUAGUAUACAUUCUGAUACACAAGUUCAUCAGAAUUUGUUGAUUUUCUGUUAUGACAUGGCAUUGGCGUUAUUGUUAGGAAAAAUCUAAAAAAUUGGCCUAUUAUGAUGAGUGAAUAGGUGCCAUAAUUGAAAUGUAAUUUUACUUGUUUUCGUUUUUUUCAUAAUCAUUACAUUAUUUCUCCGAUGUGCGAUGUACGCGUAUCUUUCCCGCUUUACUUAUUGUAAAUAUUGUACAUAAUAUAUAAGUUGGAGAUUUGUUCAUAAUCUUAAAUCUACUUACUUACCAAAACUCGAUGAAUAGGUAUUCGUUUUUUCUAGCGUGUUUUUUUUUUUACGUUCUCGAUACGAAAAGUGCAUAGGUUUACGCAUAAGUACAAGUAUUUUGGUAAUGAUGUAUUUUAAAGCGUUACUUUAUUUCUACAUUACGUUGUAGAUAGAAGAUAAGUGUGUGUUUGCCUACAAUCAGAAUAUUGUGUUUACCACCAAUUAACGAAAAUACAUAAAUGUGAUAACGAUAA